CUUGUGCGGAUAGACAAUUCUUUGGAUACAACCCUCGGCUGAUUCUGUUGACACAACCGGAUGUCCUUGUUACAGUCAGGCCUAUAUGUCCUACCUCUAUGUCCUGCCUCUAUGUCCUGGCUCUAUGUCCUGGCUCUAUGUCCUAGAGUAGUUUAGUAAUGAUCAUGUUAAGUGUUCAUGAUAAAGUCGUUUUUUUUGGAUUAUUGUGCGCCAUUCAAUAACGAAUAUGGAUACUUCAGUAAAAACCGUUUAGAUCGGCGCUUAAAAGUAUAUCGAGAACAAGUUUUUCGUCUAUUAUUACUCUUAAGAAACAGUUAAAGGAAAACAAAAAAACAUGACGAAGUUCAAAUUCCACGAAAUCAACCUCAUCAAUGAGAUAUACCAGGACUUUGGCCAGAUGACCACCAUGCAUGGCAUCAAAAGGGCCGCGGUCAGCAAACAGCUGUGGAUUAAACUAAUCUGGACAGGGCUGGUCAUCGCGGCCUUGAGCUACGCCUUUUACCAGAUUAGCCAGACGGUGAACACGUACUACUCAUACCCCUCCUCCAUAGGCCUGUCUAUAGAAGCUGACCAUGAGCUGGAACUUCCGGCUGUCACCAUCUGUAACUUGAACAGGAUUCGUUUAUCGAAGUCAGAGUCUGUCAAAUCCAAGCUGGACGAAUGGAAGUUGAUGGGCAAUCUUACGGUACCACAGCAGAUGGAGGAACUGAGUAUGGAACUCACUGGCUAUACCAGGGAAGAAAAGGAACAGCUGGGCCACAACGUCACAGAUAUGCUGUUAAAAUGUGUAUUUAAUUCGGUAGCAUGCAGUGCCUCUGAUUUUAAGCUGGAUACCUUCAUCAACAACGGCAACUGUUACACCUUUGGCGACAAGACGGUCAACGGUUCACAGCCCUGGAUGGUCACAAAGUCCGGAGCAGAGAAUGGCCUGAUUCUAGAACUGGACAUUGAGCAGGACGAGUACCUGCCCAUCACCGAAUCAGCUGGGAUAAAGGUCUUGUUACAUUCUGGCUCUGAGAUCGUCUUCCCUGAUAACAGUGGCAUCCUGGCAGCGCCGGGAUUUGUUACUAGUAUUGGCAUUAGGAAGGCGGAGACAACCUUACUUCCGGCACCGUUCGGAAGUUGCAUCAGCCAAUCAGAUGACUCCAACAAAAUCAAAAACCUCUACAACGAUUUGGGUUACGCCUACACCAAAGACGCCUGUUUACAGACAUGCUUGCAGAUGAAAAUUAACGAAUCUUGCGGAUGUAUUAAGACUGACAUAGCCAACAUGAUCCAAGUACUUAACAACAACUCGUUGAAGAAUGAUACUAUGCAGAUAUGCAACCGGACGAACACACCCUGCGUCCAUGAGAAGGAGCAACAGUUCCAAAAACAUCUUCUCGGCUGCGAAGACAUGUGCUUGCCUGUUUGCGAACAGAUCAACUACCAAACAACCGUGUCCACGGCGACGUGGCCAGCCAAACGCUACAUGGAGAACUACAUCCAGUUUGUCAACAACUCAGCCACAGCCAACAACAAAACCUACAACUGGACAGGCGAGCCGCGACAACACGCCCUCGACAACUUCCUCCGUUUAGAGAUCUACUACGAGACUCUCCGCUACGAGUCGUUCGCUUCAUCCCCGACCUUCGACUGGAACAGUCUCCUAGGCAACAUCGGCGGUCAACUGGGGCUCUGGUUGGGGUUCUCUGUCCUCACAGCUAUCGAAGUCUGCCAGUUCCUCAUCGAAGUCAGUUACCACAUCGUCAAAAUAUAUUACAGAAAACACCGGAAAUCUAAAAACAAAGACGAAAACGACGAAACAAUCCCUGAGAGAAGACUUAGCAUUGCUUUCGCCCCUUCACUCACGCAACAAGAUCGUAAAGCAAGCGUUGCCUUCGCCAACAGUGUUGCGUUUUCUAAUACCAUCACAGAGGAGGAAGAUGGGAAAAUAACUUUCGCGUUUGAUAACAGCGCGUGUAGCGAGCGAAGAAUUAGUGUGCCUUAUGGGUUAGCUCCCCCAAAACACGAACUGAGGAGAGCUAGUCUUGCUGUACCGACGUACCAAUACGCAAGGAAGACUAGCGUUGACUUCGUUAACAAAAUAGAGAUUGAUUAAUUUUCUGAACAACAUGGAUAAUUGAAAGAUUUUCAACAAGACUUAGGUUGUUAGUGUGUAUAAAGA